AUGCUCGAUCAACAUACCAAAAGUCAGGAGAAGAAAUCGUCAGGAAGACCUGUUGGGGAGUCAUCUUCUUGCACAACUACUUUUAUUUCUUCUGACAAUAAUUAUGGUGCCAAGUAUUUAAUUGAAUACGAAAAUGAUGAAUCAUUGGACAUCAAAGAAGAAUUGAUCCAAGAUCAAGGGACAAUUCCAGCCCCGAAACAGAAUAAAACAAAUCAGUCGAAAUUUUGUACUGUAUAUAUAAGAGCAGAUGAUAUUUUAGAGGCUACGUCGAAAUCGCAGACUUUAAAGAAGGAGAAAAUUCAGAAAUCAGAACAGGAGAAGAAACACACAUGCGAAAAGUGUGCCCGCAGCUAUAAAUGGAAACGUGAUUUAAAUCGCCAUCUAAAAUACGAAUGCGACGUUAAUCCACAGUUCACAUGUAAUUUCUGCGGAAAACUAUUUAGACGCAAAAGUCAUAUGAAUGGACACAUAGUUCAGGUUCAUCAGAAAAUAGACUCAAAGAAGUCAGUAUUAAUGCAUAAAUGUGACAAAUGUUUUCGAAGUUAUGCUUCGCUAAAAACUUUAAAUCGACAUAAACGUUUAGACCACGCAGAAAUCAAACAAAAAUUUACUUGUCAUUAUUGUGGCUGCAAAAUGAAAGAAAAAAGUAACUUGUCCAAACAUAUUAUUAGACAACAUCUAAAGUGAUAAUUAUUGCUCUUUUUUGUAGACCUUGUAUAUCUUAAAUUACUUUUUUUAAAGAAUUAAAUAAUACUCAAUUUUCCUUUUAAUAGUUCGAAGAAAGUAAUUUGACUCCACGUCGAUGUCGACAUCAAUAGCUUUUCUUAAAUGUAGAAUUUAUAAAAUUUGUACUUUGUUUUGCAAUAUCUAAAUAAGAAAUCUUAGGCCGAGUGCGAGGCCAUAGAUACGUAAUCAGAACAUAUUCGUUAAAGCCGAAAAAGCAGGUCUCGAUGCUUUGAACUUUAAUUUUGAAAGCACAAAUGUGGAGGAAGAACGAAAACCGAACUUGAGUUUAUUGUUUAUCACAAAAACUGAUUACAAUUUCGACUAAAAUUAUACAUUAAGAAAUGUAUUCUAUUCUGAGUU